AUGGCCCCCGUACUUCGUAAAACUCACCCGCUAGUAAAAAUCAUUAAUAACUCAUUUAUUGACCUCCCUGCACCAGUUAACCUUUCAUCAUUAUGAAACUUUGGGUCUCUGCUGGGAGUCUGCCUAAUUGCCCAAAUCGUUACUGGGCUAUUCUUAGCAAUACACUACACCGCCGACACAUCCAUAGCCUUCUCAUCCGUUGCCCAUAUCUGCCGAGAUGUAAACAACGGCUGGCUGCUUCGCAACCUUCAUGCAAAUGGCGCCUCAUUCUUCUUCAUCUGCAUCUACCUCCACAUCGGACGGGGUAUAUACUAUGGCUCCUUCUUAUUCAAAGAAACUUGAAAUAUUGGUGUCAUUCUCCUAUUUCUGGUCAUAGCUACAGCAUUCGUGGGCUACGUCCUUCCAUGGGGACAAAUAUCCUUCUGGGGGGCAACUGUUAUUACAAACCUUCUUUCCGCUGCCCCCUAUAUCGGAACUGAACUUGUUCAGUGAAUCUGAGGGGGCUUUUCAGUAGACAACGCAACUCUAACACGAUUUUUUACAUUUCACUUUAUCCUGCCGUUUAUUAUUGCAGGCGCUUCCAUGCUUCACCUUCUAUUUUUACAUCAAACAGGGUCCUCUAACCCAACAGGCCUUAACCCCAACUUUGACAAGAUCCCCUUCCACGCCUAUUACUCCUACAAAGAUCUCUUCGGCUUCGCAACUAUGCUUGCCCUACUUGCCCUACUAUCCACUUUCGCCCCCAACCUCUUAGGUGACCCAGACAACUUCACACCAGCUAACCCCUUGGUCACCCCACCACACAUCAAGCCAGAAUGAUACUUCUUGUUCGCCUAUGCCAUUCUUCGCUCAAUUCCGAAUAAAUUAGGCGGGGUCCUAGCCCUUCUAUUCUCCAUUAUAAUCCUCUUCCUCAUGCCCUUUCUUCACACCUCCAAACAACGAACCCUCAUGUUCCGGCCCCUGGCAAAGCUAUUCUUCUGGACACUAGUAGCUAACACCCUAAUCCUAACUUGAAUUGGGGGGCAACCAGUAGAGGACCCCUUCGUUAUGAUCGGUCAACUGGCUUCUAUCUCCUACUUCUCAAUCUUUAUCAUCUUUAUCCCCCUCCUCGGGCUCACAGAAAACAAACUAACCCAACUCAGCAGA